CUCUUUCUCAAUAUCUCAAUCUGUCAAGUCAGUAAGUCAAUUAGUCAAGAAACCAGGCCAAAAACUCCAAAAAAUCUAAAUCUGUCUGCAAUUUAUUCCGUUUGAAGACUAGAACUGCAAGUGAUUAUUCUUAGAUUAAAAUUUAAACUUUAUCUUUUAUUUUGAAUUCACCAUUUCAUUUAAACUACCUAGGCCUAAUUCAAGAAAAGUGUAUGAAGUGAUUUGUAUUCUGCAGGGGCUUCUAAGCCAUAUAGAGCUGUAUGAAUAAAAUGAAUUUGAUAAUGUGGGAAAAUAUAAUUGACUACCUUAGGGAUCCCCUUCUUGUGGUUAAAGUACAGAAUUUUUUCGGCAUUGUAUAUAAAAAAAUAAACAACAAAGAUGAAACCAGUGUAAUACAUUCUGAUAGACUUGAAAAAUAUGAAGAAUUUGAUAUUAAACAACAUAAAAGAAUUCCAAGUGAUAUAUCUGGCAGUUCUCUAACCUCAAGUGACACAGAGACAUCAGAGGAGAGUAGCCCUGAUGAAUUGGACCUUAUGAUAAGCAAUAAGUUUUGGUAUUACUUGUUUAUAAUAGGAACAGCUCUUGGAGACGAGAUAUUUUAUGCAACAUUCAUACCAUUCUGGUUUUGGAAUGUAGAUGGAGCAGUAGGACGGAGAGUAGUACUUGUUUGGACAGUUGUUAUGUACAUAGGUCAAGGUUUUAAAGAUAUAAUCCGCUGGCCAAGACCUGGCUACCCAGUCAAGAAGUUACAAGAUAAAUGGGCAAUAGAGUAUGGUAUGCCAUCAACCCAUGCAAUGGUUGGCGUUUCAAUUCCUUUCUCUGUUCUGUUUUAUACUAUGGAUAGAUAUCAGUAUCCAAUGCAUUGGGGUCUCAUUAUAGCCAUUUCAUGGUGCACCUUAAUAUGUGUUAGUAGAGUUUAUUUAGGAAUGCAUAGUGUUUUGGACAUUGCAGCGGGUCUAGUGCUGGCAUCUACUCUGUUGUUGGUGCUUAUUCCUCUUGUAGAUCAUCUGGAUGGGUGGUUAUUGACCAGCCACUCAGCACCCUUGGUAGUGCUCACUGUUUCUAUCCUUGUCAUUGUCUACCACCCACAAUCCGACAAGUGGACACCUACACGAGGUGACACAACAAUGAUAGUGAGUGUAUGCGCAGGAAUCCUAAUUGGCUCUUGGAUUAACUACCAGUUAGGAAAUAUGUCUCCACCUCAGGGAUCCCUCGCACCACCCUACCGCAUCAUCUGGCCCUCUGUUGAGAUGUUUGGAUGUCUCCUUCUCAGAACCACUCUUGGUUUCUGUGGUGUCUUAGCGACCCGGGCAAUCGCUAAAUCUUUUUCUUACGCAGUCGUAUGUGCUCUACUCGGUAGAGACAAGAACGAACUCCGAAACUCUGAAGAUAGCUUAGACAAUAAACACAAAAUCUUUGUUGAAUGUUGCUAUAAGUACUUCACAUAUGGUCUUAUUGGCCUAAACACAACAUAUGUGUUUCCAAAUGUUUUCGACCUAUUGCAUAUAAAUAGACCCACAUACUACACUGAAAUUUGACAGUAGUACACAACACAUUAAGGGAGCAAUUAUUAAAAUAUUGUAUAUAAAGUGUGGCCAGGUACUUUACCUAGUCAACACCAUUUAACCUACUCUUGUAUAUUGAAGACAAUAAGUUUUAAAAUUCCAUCAAGGAUUGAAGAAAUAAAAAAUAAUGCACAUAUGAAUAAAUAUACUGUUAUAUAUAUAUGUCUAAUUCUAGAACAAUGUACCUGUUUAAGUUAAGGUGAGAUACAAUAAAAUUAUUUUUUAAUUUUAUUUAAUAAUAAGUCAAGUAUGAUAUGUGCACAAGCCAAAUAUUAUUGAUUAAUUUGUGAAUAGGUACACAACACACACACAAUACACAACUUUUAUAAAUGUUGCAUUCCAUUUUAUUAACACUGAACAUGGGGCUGUUUGGUAGUGGAAAUAGCAGCAAAUACUACCUAAUAUACCAUUGUUACAUACCAUUUGGUAACUUUAAAUACACAAAAAGUUCAGCUUUUGCAAACUAAAAAGUAUUUCUUGUCAAAAUAAAUAAACAAUACUAUUACCACAACCACUCUGGUACUCCAAUUGUUAUACCCAUUUCAAUGUAUUUUUAUGCAAUUUUGUUAUUUGGAAAUUACAGAGCCUGUUAAGCUAACAAAACAUUUUUAAAAUGUUUGUGUUUUAUGAAUAUAUUAAUAAAAACCGUUACAACUUUUGCAUUCUGAGGAGUCUACUCAAUUCCGGAUACCUUAUUCUACUUGAUCAGUGGCCUGGCCAGCUAUAUUUACUUGCUUGGAUAUAUCAAAUACCUAUCCUAGGAAAGAUUUUUGUUAGCAAGAUAAAACUAAAUGGAAGAAUGAGCUUGUAUAAGUAGUUUUUUAGUAUACGGUUAUUCUAUUAUAUAAUAUACCUUUUAUUAAUAGUGAUAUUUUGAAAUUAUAUAAAACAAAGAUAUUUGGUUAUAAUAAAUCGAACAUACUAAUAUGGUUGUACAUCAUUAGUUUUAAGUAUUUGUUACAAUAUUAAAGCAUAUU